AUGGAAGCAAGAAAUCGCAAGCAGCGCCGUGCGGCAGCUGCGUCAUCGUCGAAAAACGACGAACCCGCGAUUCCCAUGGCCCAUCCCCAACGCAAUGAUCCGACUAAAAACAAAUCGACCGUCGAGCGCACACUAUAUGACAUCAUCGCAGAGCGACAAAACGGACUCAAUCCAAAAGGGGGAUCUAUUCCAGCCUCAGUGGAAGCACAGGGCAUACCGGAACAGCCAGCGGGAACCCGAUUCAUGACCGUCGAUGCCUCAGGGGAAUUGGUCGACACCGACGGCGACAUCAGCAGCCAUCUUUCAAAUUACCCAAAGAAGAAGACUACAGGAGCCAAGGCAUCCAAGAAGACCAAAGAAGCAAAAGAAUCCGAUUCUGAACCCGAAGUGGACAAACCUCUGCCACCAUUCCUCGACACAGUUCUCCUCUCCCUGCCUCUCACAACUCUCCACCUCACCCUGAGCUAUCUCGCAGCCCACCAAUACGCCGAAAGCAUCGAUCUACCCAAACUCCUCAAGGAAUCUGUGACCAUCGCAUUCCCGAUCCUCACUCUCAUCGUCCACCUCGCCCACGGCCACAUCAUCACCUUCAACAAGCGCGGCUCGAAGAAUGCAAACACAGACUCUUCUCUUUAUCUGUUCCCGUUGACAAGCGACAAACUCACCUUCUCAUUCCUGCGCAGACUGAUCUUCCCGCCCGCGCUGCGAACUCUGGUUUUUCUUCCUGUUGCUGCGCUGCUGGGGGCGCAUCUGAUCGCUAUCACGAAUGGCGAGCCGUAUUACGCUGUCAUGAAGAAAGCACCCUCCGUUGGAACGAUAUGGAUCUGGUGUAUCCUGGAGUUGCCAUUUGGGGCGGCUGUACUUGGAGCGUUGGGGCCUUUAGUUUGGGGAGUUUGGUGGAUGGGAUAUGGCAUUAUGUGA